CCAUCUGCCGCGAGCCGCCGAAUGAGCUGGUGAGAUGUGGUGCGUGCGGACACGCGCCGCCGCGGUUGUACGCCUGCGUCACGUGCGCCGAGGUAUUCUGCCGCGUGCACGCGCCGUCACAUCCGGCGGGAAACGCUGCGGACCCCUCGCUGCACUGCAUCGCGGUGGACAUCGACCGGGCCGAGCUGUUCUGCUGCGGGUGUAGGGACCAGGUGUACAAUAGCGACUUCGACGCCGCCGUGGCACUAGCGCAGACGGAGGCCACCGUGAUCGGAUCAAUACAAGACCCUCCGCCGCAUCCGGAGAGCACGCGCAAGAGGAGGCGCGUGGAGUACAAACCGUGGACGCCUGAUGUGAAAGAGCAAGUCUUGAUCGUUGGGAACUCGAGUCCGUUGCCGAGUCAGCUCGGCAAUGACUCAACAACCCCAGAAGUACAAUGGGGUUUGAGGGGCCUUAACAAUCUUGGAAACACGUGUUUUAUGAAUUCAGUGCUUCAAGCAUUGCUUCAUACACCACCAUUGAGGAAUUACUUUCUGAGUGACAAGCAUAACAGAUAUUUUUGCCAGCGAAAGAAUAGCAGUGUUAUAACAAGGAGUAGUAGUGAUAAUGGGAAUAAGAACUCAACAAUGCUGUGUUUGGCUUGUGAUUUGGAUGCAAUGUUUUCUGCUGUUUUCUCUGGCGAUCGGACCCCUAUUAGUCCUGCAAAGUUCCUUUACAGCUGGUGGAAGCAUGCAUCAAAUCUUGCAAGUUAUGAACAGCAGGAUGCUCAUGAGUUUUUCAUUUCCGUGCUUGACGGGAUUCAUGAAAGGAUGCAGAACGAUAAGGGAAAGGCGUUGAGUCCAGGUAGUGGAGACUGUUGCAUUGCUCAUAGAGUAUUUUCUGGAAUCUUGCGGUCUGAUGUCAUGUGUACAGCUUGUGGCUUCACAUCUACUACAUAUGAUCCAUGUAUAGACAUCUCCUUGGACUUGGAACUGAGCCAGGGGAGUUCCUCAAAGAUGACAUCAAAGAAGUCUCAUAAUACUCACAAGAAGGAAGCAGAAUCUGGAAAGUUUAGCCAAAACGGUCGAAUUUCUUCGUUGAUGGGAUGUUUAGAUCAUUUCACAAGACCUGAGAAAUUGGGUUCUGAUCAGAAGUUCUUCUGCCAACAUUGUCAAGUGAGACAGGAAUCUCUUAAACAGAUGUCCAUAAGAAAAUUGCCUUUGGUUUCUUGCUUCCAUAUCAAAAGGUUUGAGCAUUCUGUGAUUAAGAAAAUGUCAAGGAAGGUUGAUCACUACCUACAGUUUCCUUUUUCCUUGGACAUGUCGCCUUACCUUUCUUCAUCUAUCUUGAGGAGUCGAUUUGGAAAUAGAAUCUUCUCCUUUGAUGGGGACGAGCAAGAUGCGUCCUGUGAAUCGUCCUCAGAGUUUGAGCUGUUUGCUGUCAUCACCCAUACCGGUAAACUUGAUGCUGGUCAUUACGUAACAUAUCUUAGGUUAAGUAAUCAAUGGUACAAAUGUGAUGAUGCUUGGAUCACUCAAGUGAGCGAAAACAUUGUGAGAGCUGCGCAAGGAUACAUGAUGUUCUAUGUGCAGAAAAUGCUGUAUUACAAGGCUAGUGAAAAGCAAGUUAGCUAGAAGGAAACAAGCAAUAGCUACUUUUUGCGAAGCAUUGAUGCAGCACUCCAGGUUCAAAUAACCCAUGAGCUCUAGGUACGUAGCUAUAUGUGCGAAAAGAGGGUCAUAUGUGAAGCCUUGAAUAUGUAAGAAGCAUCUCCUCUCAAGAUAACCGGGACGUUGUAGCUUGUUACAACCUGUCCUUUGUUGGGAGUAGAAGACCAAGCUGAUAUUUUUGUUUUUUGUUCCAGAAUGCUGCUGCUUUGAGUGUUAUUCUCAAUUGGAGUGUAAUCUUUAGCCUGAAUUUUAAAGGCCCACACUCCUGCAUUCAGGAAAUUUUGGUAACAUAAUAUAUUAUCCCUUGCAAAAAGAGAUAAUUAGUGAAACCUUUCUAUUUUUUAUGGCUAACCAUAGAAAAAUAAUAAUAGUAACUUCGAGUCAAAGAAACAUGUUAAAGUUUUUCA